AUGCCAGCCGUAUAUAUCGCUGCGCCAGAAGGUGCUUACCGAGUUCUGAUCACUGGAUUUGGGCCGUUUGGGACAUACGAGGAGAAUCCAUCGUGGCUCGCCGUGCAGAAGCUGCAUAACUGCGUCCUCGGUACCGACUCCUCACGCCAGAUGCAUAUUACGGUGCUCGAGAUUCCCACCGUGUACACCUCUGUCCUGAGCAUCUUACCCGGUCUGCACGCCCGGCCCCCGGUGUUACCUCCUUCCACGCAUCCCGAGUUUCCACCCGCGUCGCCGCCGAAGGAUGGCUACGAUCUCGUCUUCCACGUUGGCGUGGCCAGUCGCGGCUCCAUCCGUGUCGAGAAACUCGGCCAUAAGUAUGGCUACGAUUUGCCGGAUGCUGAGGGCAAGCAGGCUCCUGUCGUAGCCGCAUCGGCACCGAAGGAGGUGCCUGCCGAUUCGGAUGCGGCGAGGGCGGAGCGGGAGAGACCAGGAGAAAUCGGUGGGGCAGGUCCAACGCGCAUCCGUGGGUUCGGGAAAGGGUACGAAGCAUUCCCUGAAGAGAUCCACACUCUGAUCGAUGUGGAGACGUUGAUCAACAAUGUGAAAAGCUUGGGUGUUGAGAGAAUCGUGGCAUCGACGGACGCUGGUCACUAUCUCUGUGACUUCACGUAUUACUGCUCGCUGGCUGAGUCCCAGAGAUCGGCAUCGACGUGCGAUAAGCCCUCGAAGGUUCUGUUUUUGCACUGUCCGCCAGUAGACGAGUUGUGUUCGGAAGAUUUGGCGGAGAUUCUCAAGAAGGUGGUGGCAUGGGUGGGUAGUAAUGCAUGA